AUGGACGACCGAGGCGGCGGCGGCGGCGGGGAGGCCGAGAGGUGGCCGUGGUGGGCUGCGGCGAGCGCGGCUCAGGCCGCGGCCGGGGUCGCGUGGUUCCGACGCGGCAGGGGCGGAACGGCGGUGGCGAUGCCGUUCAAGGCAUUCGCCAUCGCCUCCCUCUUCGUCGGCGCCGGGGCCACCGCCGUCGCCGCUGGGGUGCUUGCCGCGGGCGUCGGAUCGGUGGAGGAGAUGAAGGGCGUGGGCGCGAGCAUCCGGCGGUGGAUGGGAGCUCCUCCUCGCCGAGCGGGAGGCAGUGACUGA